CUUCAAAACUAGCGUCGAAACAUUAUGCACUAUUAACGUUAAGAAUUUCAAGAUUAGCGUACAAUUAAAUAAAAAAGAGAACCUCUGUCUCUCCAGUCUCCUCCCCUGCUCUCGAACUCUACAUAUAACCCUAUAUUGAACUCGUUCUUGUCAUCAAACAAAAGAUCAAUCAGAGCCAUGACGAUGUCUAACGGCAUUCCAGAGAAGAAAACGAAGGGAAGGCGGAAGAUUGAAAUUCAGAAGAUCGACAAGAAAACAAGUUUACAAGUUUCUUUCUCCAAGAGGCGGAAGGGUCUUUUCAAGAAGGCUGCGGAAACGCGCCUAUUGUGCGGCACAGAUGUAGCAAUCGUCAUUCAAUCUCCGGGUAACAAGUUUUUCACUUUUGGCGAACCCUUUGUGGAAUCCAUUUUGAAUCGAUGGCAGUUUCUUGAUGAUGCCCACAAUCCGGUGGUUGAAGAGAUGGGUAAAAGUGAGAGGGAAUUUUGGUGGGUCAAUGAAAACUUGGAAAGAAUGGAAUUGCGUGAACUCGGAGCGUUUGAGGAGAUACUGACUGGGCUAAGAGAUGAAGUUUUGAAUCGUGCUUCAGUUUCUUCAUAAAUUUAACUCCCCUACGAGGAUUAUAAUGACGCCCUUAUGAAUUUAGAGUUCUAGACAUACACGAUAUCAUAGUACUUGACAGAAUUAGAUUUUAACUUUGAACGUUGACUGAUGUAAAAAUUAACUGUUCAUUAUUCUU